UUGAAAUGGACGGGUUCGGGGCUGACUUCUCUGUGGGGGGAUCUAGCUCUGGGAAAGUUGAUACCGGAGCAAUAAUGGAACAAGUUAAGGUGCAGAUCGCAGUUGCAAACGCUCAGGAACUUUUGCAGAGAAUGACUGAUAAAUGUUUCCGAAAAUGUAUUGGAAAGCCAGGUGGAUCUCUCGACAAUUCUGAGCAGAAAUGUAUUGCAAUGUGUAUGGACAGAUAUAUGGAUGCCUGGAACACAGUUUCUCGGGCAUACAACUCCAGAUUGCAACGAGAACGUGCCAAGAUGUGACCUGAUAAAAGAACACUGCAAGACCUAUCUACAACACAAGCACUGAGCUGAUUUAGAAAUAUAGAAAAGGACAACUACCAGACAAUGAUACAUUUCUAAUUAAAAAUGUUAACUGUUAAUGCAGGAAUCACUAACUGUUAUUGACCAUGUUUUAGUUUAUUUCAAGGGUUAAACAAUAAUUUAACGACUAGUCAAUACAUUUUUUUUCCAUCAUACUUGAAACUCUAGAAUCUAUAGUGUUGGCACUGGUAAUUUUUUCUCAAAACCUAUUUUCUUAAAGAGUUAAAUCUCAUAAGCCAUGAAGUUUUUUUUACAGCUGCUGUUGUGCAGCCAUCCAGUUCCAGAUAGGCAGGAUUUACAUAUGAUAAAUUGCUGGUUAAUUGUAGUUUGACUUUUUUAGUCAUAAUAGCCCUAUUUUCCUUUUUAUUUUUGUGUGUCAGUGCUAAAAUAAAUAUUAUAUUCCUGUUGGAGGUCUUAGAGAAAUUGGGAUUUCUUACCAUAAUUAGAGAGCUAACCGCUUUCUCCAGCAUCACAUAAUAUGACCGAUGUGUGGGAAAUCCUGUUUUCUAGAGUAUGGAAAUAAAACAAUUUUUGUAAUGUGUCCGAGGCCUAAACCUUUUGUAUUGACGGUUGCAUUUUCCAUGGAACUCUGCAGAUCUAAUGCAAAACUAUCUAAUUUGUUGGUAAAUUAAUGUGUUUUCAUACAUAAUUGCAGCAGAACUUUGGUCUUGUGUAGGAUUUCAUUUUCCAGACAAAAUAAUAAAUUAAUAUAUGGGUACAUUAAUUGCAUAACUAUAGUAUUUAAAGCUAAAACUGAUUUUGCCAACUUGCUGAGCCUUCAGGCCUUGUUGGAAUGUUUUGAAUAAAUUCUACUCUUUAUCA